AUAGCAUACACAUUGAUCUAAGUCAUGCCAAACUACGUUUCAUUGACUGAAUCUCAGAGAAGGAAGAUUGCAGUCUUCAUCACAGAGUCUCAACAGCAGGCUCAAUUGCAACAGCAGCAGCAACAACAAGCUCCUAAUAAUGGCGACGACAAUUCAGCUAGCGGUAGUCCUGGAAAUAACCAAGUUGCGCCCAUAACAGGCAAUAAUUCCAUAUCCUGCAAGGAAAUCGUUCAGUUCUGCAAGACUCGGUUUGGCCUCACCAUCUCAUUAUCGACCGCCUCCAGGCUUCGCUCCACAGCUACAGAGCGCCUUGCUACAGAACUGCUUAACCCGUCAGCCAAGCGUCAUCGGUCUGUCAAGUUUCCUGAGUUUGAAAAGGCUUUGGUCCAGGAACUGAAGGCACUGGAACAGGAGCAGCUUCAGAUCCAACAGGAGCAGAAUCCCGACCUCAAUCCACUAGUCGCUUUUGGAGAUCCAUCUCAAGUGCCACCAGUCAUGUUACUGACGAGCGAGGCGGCUAUCACACAGGUUGCCAAGGGAAUUGCAGAGCGUAUGGGUAUUCCCCCAGCAGAACUGGGACUGACAUCUGGGUGGUACCAUGGUUUCAAGAGGCGCCAUGGUAUCAAGCAUCGCCAGUUCAAGCCACGACCAGGCGUCAACGGAAACAAUGGGAAUGCAGCAUCUAUUGGUUUGAGCGGUCCCACAUCAGCUUCGGCUGGAGCCACUGGUGCGGACGAUAAUUCGAGCGCCAUGGAAACGGGUGAAGGAAGUGAUGGGCCGGAUGGAGUUGAUGUCGAUGCUGACGAAGAAAUGGAGGAUGUACAGGAUACUGCAGAUGUAGGCGACUCCAAGAUAUCGGGUACAAUGAUAGCCAUAACAGCAGCUGAAACUACAUGCUAUACUAAUCGGGGGAACACUGCUUAUUCCACAUCCAACCAUUAAUUCUUUUUCUUUUGCCUUUCAUUGGGCGUACAUAAAAAAAUAGGUGAUGGUUCUUCAUCGGCACUUCUGAACAUAUCAAAUAUCAUUUUGACUCCUAAGGACCCUCCAACCUCCAGUCUGAGUCGUCGGCCCGAAGUGAAGAAAGUGACAGCCGCUACUGCGAAUGACGCUC